AGGGCCCGGCAGCGGCGGCGACGGGCGGUUCCAUGAGGCGUCUCCGCAGCCUUUGCACCUGCUGCUGCUGUCAGGUGGCGUCGGCGGGAGCUCGCGACCUGCCUCGCGCCUCGAUGGGCAGCCGCGGGCUCUGAGGGGCGCCGGACCCUCGACGGGGAUGUGCCAUCUGAGCCGCCCCACAAAUGGCUCUCGGCGACGAGGCGGCCGUGGCGCCUGCUGCUGCUGCUGCUGCUUCCACCAGCACCCUGAGGUGUGAGCUUCCCGUGCGCCUGCGGGGACUCUUUGCAGCAGGCAUCUCGCGGGCUUGGGCGACCGGCGUUGGCCUCAGGCUGCUGCUGCUGCUGCCGCCGCUGCUGCCGCCAUGCCCUGAUCGGAGAAGCGCCGAGGCAGCCGCGGCCACCAAAGGGCCCCUUUUCAAGGCUGCCAUGCUCCUCGGGGUGCUCUUAGUCCUUUGCCAACGGGUCCAGGCGGAGCAAGGUACUGAGCAACAGCAGAUAAAUGUUGCCCCCUCUUCAGAGACUUUUACCAACUGGAGAGCUAUAUUAUCACCAACAUGGCCUUCUAGAGAACUUGAGUCUUCCUCAGUGGGUGACAUUUCAAUGAGGCAAGCCUUGGAGAAUGCCAAUCUGCUUCAGAUAAUAAAAAGUACUUUAGCAGAGACACGGACGAGAACUAUGGACCAAACUAGGUUUUUGCCAAGCCUAUAUCAAGGCAGUGGCAACAGCGCAUCCCAAGAACCUUCUGAGGUAUCAGCUGAAUCACCAGUGAAGUCUCAAGAUGCUGACGAAAUGACUAUUGUAUCAGGUUUGCCUCAAAUCAGUGUGUUACCCGCAUUGUCCACAUCAUCACCAGUGACACAUUCAACUACUACUGUGUCAUCCCAGAUAAUUCCAUAUGCAGCAUCCUCCAUUUCAAAAGAAAUCACAUCGGGAUCAGAAAUAGUUUCAACCUCUCCAUUACCACCCCCUUUACCAUUGGUAAAGGAAUCACCUCAUAUCAUAAUUGUUUCCAAUUUGACUGUGCCACCCACCCAAGUGCCUUUGUCCACAGAUACAGAAAAUUCAUUCAGCAUAAACACAAUUAAUAAUUAUUUAAAUAAAACUUCAGGUAAUCCACAGAGUACGAUAGUGCCUGGAAAUUCCAGCGCAACAGAAUAUGCAGUAUCCAAAAAGGAUGGCAAAGGGUUUUCUGUUGCCACCUCAUUUAGUAAUGACAUUGGAUUGAUUAGUGGUCAUUCCACAAUACCAGCAGGGACACAAUCACACCCAGAAGAUAGGAAACUGCACUCUCCUGCUUUGCAUGCAAUAAUAUCCAAUAAGACUUCUCUCCUAUUAUCCAGUCACAGAGUGCCAUUGAAUUCUAGCAGAAAUAUUUUUUUCUCUGGAUUCACUCACAAAGCAUCUUUUGUAGCAGAGCUCCCGAGUAAGCCACCAGAUGCCAUGACACAUCAUAAGGAGAGUAGCAUCUAUGCAACUGCAUCAUCUACAGUUCAUAAGAACAAGACAGUUCCUUGGAUUUCUGCAUCAGCCCCCCAUACCUUAAGUACUUCACCUGCACAAUUUAAAAUGAUGACUGAUUUGCUGUCUGCAUCACUUUCAAGUUCUUCCAAAGAGAGAGAUUUAUUAGCAGUAUCUGAAAAUCCAAGACCUUUUCGUUUGUCUCUCCCAGUAGUGCCAACUGGAGCUGUUUCAGAGGCAAUAAGCAAAAAUAAUGCAAUCGCUCCAGCACCCACACCUACUAGUAUACCAGCUUUUUAUCCAGCAGAUAAAGUCGUUUCCUUAAUAGAGGGGACUGAUCAAACUUCUGAUGCAGCUGGACAUCAGACUGUUUCAGCACCAAAUGAUAAAGUUCCUUCCAAUAUUCAUUUAACAAAUCCUUAUGCCACAGAAUCAAAAACAGAGAUUUCUAAUACAGCUUAUGAAACGAGUGAAAACACACCUCCCAUAGCCUAUGAAGCCUUGGUAAGAUCAUUACAACGUCGGUCAUUCACCAAAGAUGCUAGUGACACAGUGUUCACAAAUGUUGAUGUGAAUAGAUUAUUUCCUUAUCAGUCACCAGGAACGCAAACCGCAAAUGUUUCUUUAGAAACUCCUGCCAACGAGCAAAUUCUCAAGAGAAUUUUGCCACUUGAAAGAACCAGCUCCGAUAAAUUUUCAGUAUCUUUGCCAACUUCUGUUGGAGGCCUUUUAAAAUUUCGUUCCACAGCCAUGUUUAUAUCUCCUCCUGAUAAUUUUAGAAGUUCUCGAUUAGCAGAUUCUAAUGUGGGAAGGCCAAUUCUUAGCUUAAUAGAAGAGGAGGAGAGAAAUGUGAAGGUAUCCACCACUACGAUGCCCCAUGCAGAAUAUUUAUCUCAUCUACCUUUAAAUGAAUCUGAUGCUAAAAUGCAUGAAACCUUACAUACAGUUGAUACUUCCUUCAGGACUGCUAUUUCACCUUUGGACACAUACAUGUUUCCCUCUUCUACUCCAGCGACAGAACGUUUGGAAAGCCCAGUGCCUGCUUCCCUAGAAGUUUUGAACACUGCUUCGAAAGGCAUCUUAGAUACUUCAAAUGCAGGAAAGAUUUUUAAAACCACACCAUUAGUUCCUGUGUGGGACCUUGGAAGCUGGCUGUCAUCUACUGGCAUAAGUAUGUCUUCAGGAAAGACAACAACUCAAGUGUCCCGGGUUGCAGAGGACUAUGUGAGCCCUACAUCUUUAAGAACAAUAUAUACAGUGGUUCCAGGCCUACAGCAGCAAACAAAUUAUGUAAAUAAACAGAUGCCUUCUAGCACAGCCACAUCACCCAUUAGUACAUCUGUAACAGUUCUCCCAAAUUCUUCAGUUUCAAGUGGAAGAAAUUCUAAGAGCUUCACAGAAUUUAACACAUACCCGUUGACUGUAGAAACAUCUUCUGGCCAGUAUGCAUCCUUUCCAAAUAACCAAAGUGCUCUCUCACAGGGAACAGAAGUCCCAUCAUCGCACUCUAAAAAGGACACUCAUACACAUGGAAAUAUUUUGGAAUAUUUUACUGUCAGGAAUAUAAAUGUCACUUCGAGCUUUGGGAAAAAUUCCUAUCCUGUGUAUGAGGACUUCACAGCUGCUAAUAUGAGGACGUCUACUAGCACGGAUGCAUUUUCCUCUAUUUUGACAACAUAUGAUCACUUAUGGCCUUUUGUUUCUUAUGCCAAGUCCCAGACUAUGUUGAAGCCUCAAACAACUAAUUCUGGAAACCUUUUUGCAUCAACAGAUGCCUUCUAUGCAACAUCAUCUCCCCUAUCACUGGCUUCUCAAUUCAUUGCUAAAUUAACUGUUCCAGUAAAUAAGGAAAUGAGUGCUGUUAGCAGUAAAAAAACAUCUCACAGCAUGGUACAUGAAUUGCUAAGCUCAACACCAGUAUUGAAUGUUGAAGAAUAUAUGACUUCAGGAAAACCAACACAGUUCACAAAUGGCCCUGUUUCAGGAGCAAAUAAUCACUUGAAUAAACAGCUAACAAGUACAGGAGGGUGGGACACAAAAGGUACAAGUGAUAUAGAUACAGUUAAAAUGCAUAAUGAAGCCACAAAGAUCACUCCAUUGCAAACACAUACCACUAACACAGCCAUCAUAACCUCUGUUCAUGCAUCACAAACACGACUAACUACUCCUUUGUUGCCAAAAACCAACUUUACCCAUUCUGUCAUUACAGUGUUACCGUCUGUGUCUCCUGGUGUAAUACCAUCUGUAGCAACUUCAGAAGCAACACCAGUUACAGGAAAAUCAGCUCCAACAUCACCAAUGCUGACUUCAUCCUUGUUCUCACUGAGCACUGAAAAUUCGCCAUCUGUGAUGGCAUUAAGCACGUUGAUAUCAACACUAGCAAAAAAUAAUACUGCCACAAAAAUGGCACCAACUUUAAGCCCAGUAGUGACACGUGCAGCCUUUCCAGUUGUAUCAACAGAUGAGUCUACAACACCUGUGCACUCCACUAGCUCAUUUCCAGUCACAAAAACGAGUACAGUUUCAGCCCCCACAACACAUGCACCAAGACAAACUGAAACAGCAACACAUGACACCAAGAAAUCCACAAGUUCAGACACCAGUAAAACAUCAACUGCAUACCCACUGACAAUUACAGCAGCUUUGACAUCUAUUACAGCAUCAGCGAAAACAGCUAGACUUCUCCCUACACCUGCCGAAAAUACUUCUGCUGCUACUACAACAGUGUCAACUUCAGCUUUUGCUAAUGUGACAACAGUUCUUCCUUUGGAAUGCCAGCUCUCCAGAAACCUUCUCAUUAAGACAGUUUUGUUUCUGAACACAAGAAGACUGCUGCUGAGCGACUCCUUAAAGCAGAAUGUCACAAAAGGUCUUACCCAGGCAUUGCGACGAGCUUUCAACCAAAAUGUCAAUGCUCAAGUCGAAGUUCUGGAACAGUCAAACAAUGUGACAGUUGGUUACUAUGUAACUCACGAGAGUCUGGUUUUUAUACCUGCUGUGGUUAUCGAGAUGUUAAUAGCAUAUGGUGUGAGUAAUGCCACCUUGGAUAUUAAGCAACAUGUGCCAAAUCUUCAUUCUGUUGCUGUCUUAGCCUUGCCAUGGGACCCACUGCCAGCUUACCACUUUCAGCUGAAAACAGAACUGCAGUUUGUGGGUCAGUCUGACAACAUACAGUCAUGCAGAUUUGUUCAGACCAUGGAACAAAGAUUGCAGAAAGCAUUUCAGGAUGCUGAGAGAAAGGUCUUGAACACCAGUAGCAAGUUAACUGUUCAGAUACUGAGCACAUCAAAUGUUUCUCAAGCUGUAACUCUCUUUUAUGUGGUGAAAAAUGAAAGCACAGUCUUAAACGGCACCGUGUCAAGCAACCUUCUCAAUCAUCUUUCAGCAGAAUUGGUGGGAUUCUAUCUCACCUACCCACCUCUGACCAUUGCUGAAGCUUUGGAAUAUCCAAAUCUUGACACUUCAGAAGCAACUAGAGACUACUGGGUUGUUACAGUUAUACAGGGAGUUGACAUUACAAUGCUGGGGGUAAAUAACCAGAGUUUUGCAAGACUAAUGGAGCAGCGUUUAGCACCACUCUUCAUGAUGUCCCAUCAACAAGGAAGACGAUUUAAAAGAGCCACUACAGUCGGCAGCUAUACUGUGCAGAUGGUAAAAAUGCAGCGAAUUCCAGGUCCUAAGGAGCCUGCUGAAUUGACCUAUUAUACUAUAUACAACGGGAAACCUUUGUUGGGCACUACAGCUGCCAAAAUUUUGAGCACUGUUGAUUCACAGAGGAUGGCCUUGACACUGGGAUAUGUCGUUCAAGUACAAGCUGAUCCUGUGGUGAAAAACCCACCCAACAACCUAUGGAUCAUUGCUGCAGUGUUGGCUCCCAUUGCUGUGGUUACAGUCAUCAUCAUCAUUAUCACGGCAGUUCUGUGCAGGAAGAACAAAAAUGACUUCAAGGGGGACACCAUGAUGAACCUGCCACAGAGAGCCAAACCAGUCCAAGGAUUUGACUAUGCCAAGCAACAUUUGGGCCAACAGGGAGCUGAAGAUGAGGUUUUGCCUGUAACCCAAGAGACUGUAGUACUGCCGCUUCCAGUGAGAGAUGCUCCUGCCUCUCAGGAGAGGGAAAUUAUUCAGGAUGGAAGCACUGCUAAAAUUGCAAAGUCCAAUGACACAAGAAAGAGCAGGUCGCCUAGUGAGAACGGUUCUGUCAUCAGCAACGAAUCAGGAAAGCCCAAGUCAGGCAGAAGCUCUCCACAGAAAGUAAUGGCACAGCAGAAAGUGACAAAAGAGGAGGGAAGAAAGAGAAAUGGUUUUAAAUCCUCAAAGAAAAUUGUGCCCAUAAGUGAUGAAGAGGAGGGAGAUAUGCUCUUUGAUAGCAUUGCCAAGUCUGCCAUUGAUCCCUUCGACACAUCUUCUGGAUCUGUACAGUUGAUUGCCAUAAAGCCUGUAGCUUUGCCUCCCGCACACACAUCUUCAGACAGGAAUCAGGAAACCGCUGUCCUUAACGGAGAGGUUAACAAAGCCUUGAAGCAGAAAUCUGAUAUAGAGCACUAUCGCAACAAAUUACGCCUGAAAGCCAAGCGAAAAGGCUAUUAUGACUUUCCCCAAGUUGAUAAUAACAAGGGCUUAGCAGACAGAAAAAAGAUGUAUGAAAAAGCACAAAAUGAAAUAGAUCAUAUUUUGGAUGCUGAUACGGAUGGAUCUUCUCCGUUUGUAGAACCCAAAAACAGGCAACAAAUGAAGAACUCUGUUUACCGAAGCAGGCAGUCUUUGAACAGUCCAAGUCCAGGAGAAACUGAGAUGGAUCUACUUGUUACACGAGAGAGACAAAGGCGUGGUAUCCGCAACAGUGGAUAUGAUACUGAGCCUGAAAUGAUAGAAGAAACAAAUGUUGACCGUGUCAAUGAGCCCCGAAAUUAUAACAGAGCUCAUCAAGCAAAAGGCCAUUCAGAGACAUCGACUCUGAGUUCCCAGCCAUCCAUUGAUGAAGUCAGACAACAGAUGCACAUGCUACUGGAAGAAGCCUUUAGUUUGGCCUCAGCAGGUCAUGGAGGACAGAGCAGGCAGCAAGAUGCUUACAGUUCUACACAGCAGUUGCCAUACUCUGAAGUUGUGACCAGUGCUCCUGGUACCAUGUCUCGACCCAGAGGAGGAAUACAGUGGGUGCCUACCUAUAGACCAGAAGUGUAUCAGUACAGUUUGCCAAGGCCUGCUUAUAGAUUUUCUCCACUCCCUGAAAUGGUGAUGGGUUCUCCACCUCCUCCUGUGCCUCCUAGGACGGGACCUGUUGCCAUCACCUCUCUUAGGAGGUCGACGUCUGAUAUUGGCAGCAAGACAAGAAUAUCAGAGUCCAGUGGAACUGAACAGAUUCAGCCGCAUGAUCAUGCCCCUUUUGUCCCAGUAUCAAGAGCCCCAGUAUCUGUGGCUCCAUUGGAUCAAUCAGCCUUGAAUUACUCAGGAAGUACAGUUCCUGCAGUGUUUGCCAUCCCAGCAGCAAACCGACCCGGGUUCACAGGCUAUUUCAUCCCAACACCACCUACUGCAUACAGGAACCAAGCUUGGAUGUCCUAUGCGGCAGAAAAUGAAUUACCAGGGCAAUGGGCAGACUCGGUCCCGCUUCCUGGCUACAUAGAAGCUUAUUCACGGCCACGCUACCAACACAACCACUCUCCUUCAAGACUUCCUCGUCAAUACAGUCAACCAGCAAAUAUGCACUCUGGCCUGGAACAAGUCCCACUGCCGCCUUCUGCUGCUUCUCAACAGAGCCUAACAGAAAAUUACCCAUUGGAUAGCCCACUCAACAACCUUUCCACAGCUGCUCUGGUGAAGGCAAUAAGAGAAGAAGUUGCUAAGCUAGCCAAGAAACAAACAGACAUGUUUGAAUUUCAGGUCUGAUGGCUUCUUGCAGUGAAAGUUUGCAUCACAUCACUUGUAGGCCCUCUAGCUGUUAAUUCAGACUUAUUGUGGCUUGUGCCAAAGCAAUGCCAUUUUUUUCUAUUCUGAAACAAUCAACACUGGAUUAAAAAGAAAAGUGAGUAAAUAGAGCAGUCAGUCUGACGAUCAGUUCUCUACCUAUAAGGCAGGUGUUCCCAGGCUACCGUUGUAAAAUAUUGAUGUAUUAUAUUUAUGAUAUGCAACUGUCUGUCACAUACCUCUUGUUCCAUGAAGCCUUCGUUGUUGGAGACAUUAUUUCAACCAUCUGCCUGUCUAAUAUUCCAUUAUGUUAAGAGCUUGGGAAGCACAAAUAUAGAUCAUUCUGUAGCAACUUGUGCAUGUAAAAAAAGUAAACUUUUUUUAUUCAGAAAAAAA